UGGAGCUCCGUCCUGCCGCAGCCUGGGCUCAGCCUGGCGGCACAGCCGACCCCGGCUGCACCCACUGCCCCCGCGGCUGUCGGGUGCCCUUGCCCUCAGGCACCUUGCCACCCACCCGUGCUGCCCCGCGCUCCCCCUGGCCGGCAGGGAAGGCGAAGCAUAGGAGGGAGCUGGUGUGGCUGGGAAAUGCCGGCGGAUCCUCAUUAGCUCCGGGUUCCUACAAAGGAAGGAUUUGCAACAUUCAGCUGCUUCCCUGCCUAAUUAAUGAGCUGCUGCUGGCUUCCCAGGGAAGCAGGUCAGCUGGCCGCCGGCACCUGUGAGAUUGUGACCCUGGACCGGGACAGCAGCCAGCCCCGGAGGACGAUCGCCCGGCAGACGGCUCGCUGUGCCUGCAGAAAGGGGCAGAUCGCGGGCACCACGAGAGCCCGGCCUGCCUGCGUGGACGCUCGCAUCAUCAAGACGAAGCAGUGGUGUGACAUGCUCCCAUGUCUGGAGGGCGAGGGCUGUGACCUGCUGAUCAACAGGUCCGGCUGGACGUGCACACAGCCCGGCGGCCGGAUAAAGACCACCACGGAGCCAGGACCCACCUGGUCCCCAGGGGGCCAGAGGGAAGGACGGGAAAGAGUCCUGGGCCCGCUGUCUGAGGUCCCUCUUCCAAAGGUCUCCUGACAGACGCCGCCCCCCAGGGGCCCCGGGAGUGGCCUUGGCUCCCCGGCGCGUCCGCACCUCGACCACGGUCCUCCGUCCGCUGUGGACGCCACCUGUUCUCCACCACCCGCCCACCCUGUUUCCGUGUAGCCCGUCAAGGACAGCCCGCCUCCCUGGCGUCGUCCUGAGCUGAGCGCGUCCGCCGCUGCGAGGAGUCCGGCCCGGGACACGCGCGGGGGCCCCGAGGGCGUCCGUGGGAGCCCGGCCUCAGCCGCCCUCCCGGGCCUUGGCGAGGAGGACGAGGCGGCGGCCGCAGCGGCCCAGCCCGGGAGCGGCCGUCGGCGCCGGGCCCGCGGGAGGACUGGCCCUUGGGCCCCGAAGCGGCCUCGCCUUGUGCCCCAGACUGUCCGAAUCACUUUUAUUUUCGUACCCUUUCAGCAUACUCGAUAGACCAAAGAGCAAAAUCUAUUUUAACUUGGACUCGCCCUCACCGUCAGAGUCCGUGGGUUCGACUGGGGGACACGGGGGCCGAGAUCCGCCGGCGGCCCCGGCAGGGCGCGGAGGGCGGCCCCCGGCAGACACGUGCCCCCCACGGACGCUGCGGGGCGUGCUGAGAGGGGCCCAGCCGGGGCGGACCCGCGGCAGCACCCCAGGCCCGGCCGGCGAUGCCCCCAGGCCGGCCCCGCGGGUGAGCGCCCCUCGCCGGGAACGCGGACCGCCACACGCGGCCGGCCCCGCUGUACUUAGAUGGACUUGACCGACUAAAAUCACUUUCUGUUUUAACCAGUUACACAUGCCUCUCUACAGCUCAUUUCUGAUAGUGGGAUAAUCCAGUAUUCGCCGCGAGCAUGUUGGGUCUCCCGUGACUGCUGUCUGCAACGACGCACCAUUUAGCUCCAGAAAGCAAAUUAAAGAAACCUAAAGUAACACUUGUUUGAAAGAGAUCAUUAAAUGUAUUUUGCAAAGCCUAAAGUUAUAUAUUUAACAGUUUUUAUAUGUUGUAUAUUUGUAGAAAAAAAAUCCUAUUUAACAAUUAAUGUGGUCGCCCUGCCCGGCCCGCGCGGCGGGCGGGAGCGCCGGCGUCUCUGAAGGGCUGCGGGGCAGGCGCCGAGGGCCGGACUCCGGGGACAGCAGCCGAGGACGCGCCUGACGCCACGGGGAGGUGGCCGUCGUGCGCGGCCGACCGUGGGCCCAGGCGCUGCUCCCUGUCCAGCCCGGCCGCGGGGAGGCCCAGGGGGCAGGUGUCGGUCACGCCUCUCCCGACAGAUCCCGUGUCCCUCUGUGUGACUCCCUCCCACGGGCCCAUCCGCGGGCGCUGCCGCCGACCUCCUCUUGGGGCUGAAGCCCGCCCGCCCCGCUGCCUCUCCGUCCUCACGGCCGGCGGCCGAGUCGCCGGGGACGGGCCAGGGCGCGCGGAGAAUGGCAGGCGCCCCAGCCUCCUGCCCUCCCCAUGGCACGGGGCCGCCGGGCCGACGCGCGAGGGACACUCCUGCGUCUCCGACCCCGGGCCGUCGUCCGCCAGGGCCCCUCAUUCUCCUGAGUUUGUGCUGAACUAUACUACCUGACAGUCCAAUUAACAGGCGCACUCUGCUAGUUCUAUGCUACUAAAUAAAAAAAAAAAAAAAGGAAAGAAAAAGUAAAAAAAAUAAUAAUAUUAAGUAUAUAGAAGCCGUCCCAGCAACCCAUAGACUAAAGAUAGGAGAGAAGACCCAUUUAUUUAAGACCCGUUUCGAUGUCCAUGAGUAUUUAAUUCACCUCUCGGUCACCGCAGGUUCAGAGGGCUGAGCGUCCCCGAGGGAGCGACGCGGCCAGGUGCCGGGGCCGCAGGAGGGUCGCGGCUGCCUCCCCGAGCCCGCGUCCUCCCACGGCGAGCGUGGGCUCCUUCAGAGGCAGACACUGGAGGAUUAAGAUGUUACAGCGUUUUUUUUAUUUUUUCCUCCUUGUUUUACAGUAUUCAAUUUUGUGUUGAUUCAGCUAAAUUAUGAAAAUAAAGAAAAAAUCCUUUGGUAA